AUGGCCACAUCAAUCCCCUCAAUAGCAUGCCUCGGCGUCAUAGGCAGAAAUAACAACCCGCUUCACAUUUCCAUAUUCCCCUCCCACGACCCGACGACAAACACCCUGACGCCGGCCCGCACGCCGCUGCAAUUCAGCCUCCUGCUCUCGUCGACGCUCGACGUGUUUGACCUGCGCGCCCGCCACCACACGGCCGGCGGGACGGGCCUGAGCGGCGACUUUGGUCUGCUGCACGCCGUGGACGAGCGUCUGGCCGCGUACGGCUUCGAGACCAACACGGGCGUGCGCUUCAUCGUGGUCGUCGACAUGCGCGGCCGCCGCAUUGACGCCAGCGUUGUCGGCGGUCUCGGUGCGGGUGGUGCCGGCGCCACGGGUGGCGAUGCGAAAUCGGGCGCCGCGGCCAAGGCUGCCGCUGCCGCUGUUGGGCUGAGGGAUGGCGAGAUGAAGCCUGUCUUCCGUGCCAUGCAAACUGCCUAUAUUCGGCUACUCCAGAACCCCUUCUACGAACCAGAUGAGCAUUCUCCCCCUGGAGGUCGGGGCGGGAAAAAGAUAACAAGUCGCCGGUUCGCGGCCGACAUGAGACGAAUUGGGGAGGCAUGGACCCCCGGAGUUACCAGCCUUUGA